CCUGGGGUUGAAGCAGAAAUCGGCUGCAAAAAUAUUACCUGUAUUUUUCUGCCGCCUUUCUUCUGUAUUUUAUAAUUUUCGGCAUCAAAGAUGAGUUCUCACGAGGAUUCUGGUCACAAGGAUGAUGAAGAAACUCCAGAGAAAAGUCUAUGGCUCAAUGCCCAUCAGGAUCCAGUGGCUAGACUGUACACGUUCUCCACAUCAAUUUCUUUAGCUGAUCUGAAUGCCGACUCUGACCACAAGCUCCUUGUGGCUGAUCUGGGUUCGGGAACAUUUGACAUGAAGCUAAAGGUGUUCAAGGGCACUAGCCUUUUCAUGGAGAGUGCUAUUAUUGAUCUACCUACAGCUCUGGUAACAUUCUACAUGGAUACAAAUGAUCCUCGCACCCCUGCUGUGGCUGUGGCUUCUGGUCCAUUUAUUUAUGUUUACAAGAACUUGAGGCCAUACUUCAAGUUCACCCUACCACCAUUGGAUGUAAAUGCUGUGGAGCAAGACCUCUGGAACCAGGCCAAGGAAGACAAGAUUGAUAUUCACGUUCUCAGAGAGAUGUUGGAAAGUUUAAAAAAUGAAGGCAGUGAAGGUUUGCUGACUGUUCGCUCGCUGAAGUUGCUAUCCCUUGAGCCAGAAGAGUUAGAAGCUUUUGCCAGCAUCCACAAGCAUACUCCUUUAAAGAGGCAGACGGUGAUCACAUGCAUGGGAACGAUGAAGAAGAGCAUGGCUGAUGAUGACGCUGUAAGUUGUCUGGUAAUCGGCACAGAGAGUAAGGAUGUCUUCGUCCUUGAUCCUGAAGCUUUUACUGUUCUUGCAAGAAUGAGCCUUCCUAGUGUACCAGUGUUCAUCUCAGUCAAUGGUUUGUUUGAUGUUGAGUUCCGCAUUGUUGUUGCUUGCCGUGAUGGCAAGGUAUACACACUUAAAAGAGGCAGCAAAUUGGCCAAGGCAUGCAUCGAACUAGGAGCCCAAGCAGUUGGUUUGGAACGCACUGGAAAGAGCAUCAUAGUCGGGUGUAUGGAUAACACGUUAGUUUGUUAUUCCACUAAAGGAAAGAAGCUGUGGACAGUUUAUCUUCCCACCAACAUCACCACAAUGAGCCUCAUGGAUCACAAAGCAAGAGGCUUCAAGGCUGUCAUGGUGGCAUUGAGCAAUGGUGAAGUCAGGAUCUACAAAGAGAAGUAUCUCGUCAACACAAUCAAAAUGUCAGAUGCAGUCACAGCUAUGAAGUUUGGUCGCUUUGGUCGGGAGGACAGUGCCUUGAUUCUAAUCACUAAAGGUGGAGGUCUGUAUGUGAAAAUCUUAAAGAGGACUGCAACCUUUGAAGGGAAGGAUUUGACCCCUGGUCCACCCCCUGCCCAAUCCAUUAAGCUCAAUGUUCCUAAAAAGACGAAGCUUUUUGUCGAUCAGACACUGCGUGAGCGAGACAGUGCUGGAAGCAUGCACAGAAUGUUCCAGCAUGAUCUGUACCUACUUCGCCUGAUGGCUGCAAGAGCAUAUGUCAGUUCACUGCAAAAAAGCUUAAACCCCAUUUCAUCCUCUACCACGGAACCUCUGAAGCUGUCAGCGCAUGUUCACGGUAUCGGGCCAGCCUUCAAGUUGACAGUAAACUUACAGAACAUUUCAUCCAGUGUGCCAUCAACAAAUUUGCUCAUUACCUUCCAGUUUGAUGACUCACUGUAUGCACUGUCCAAGCCUUGUAUUACAGUUCCACUGCUAGUGCCUGGGCUAAUGUACACCUAUGAAACACUGGUGGAAUGUAUCAGUGACAAAGGGAUUUCAGAUUCCAUCAAAGUGUUUGUCUUACAUCAGGGCAACAGCAUUCCAGUUAUCACUGCCGUCAUCAAUAUGCCAGUUAGCGAGGCUUUAGUAAUUGUGUAGGAAAGCCUAAAUUUGUUUGUAAAACUUUAAGUCUCCUUGGUCUGUAUGUAGUUUGUUGUUUCCGUUCAUGCCCAAACUGGUGCACUGUACAAAAGUAGGAGGUCAAAAGCCACCGAGAAGCUGGAUGGAGAGCUGGGAAAAGUCCCUUUUCCUGCCUGAUUCAUUGGUCCCAUUCCACUUAGUAAUCCAUGUUUUCUGGCCAAUAGUUGACUGUUCAGUGAGAUGAAGAUUUUUGUAUGGAAAAUGAAUGCAACAAAGCUACACAUAAUUAUUUGUACAAUCACUUUCUUAUCAUUCUGUGGAUACAAUGUUAUGUAUUUAUCGUGGACCCAUUGGCUCAUUUCUAAGCUUCUUUCCAAGUGCAGUUGUCAGCUCAGCCCUGGCUAUCCAUUGUCAAAAAGAAUGGUGAUUGAGUAAUUCUAGUUUCUGUAGAAAAAAGUAUUACCAGUGAUGUAAAUAAAUAUGUUCAGUACAAUAACUAGAAACCAAGAUGAAGAUUCCCUGAGCUACUUUUGAGAGAUUUUCUGUCAGGACUUUUUGCAUGGUGAAGAACCUCAGUUAGGAGUGUUAAGCACAUUCCAUUCCCAAUGUGAAAAUUUUCAAAGCUUUUUAUGUUGCAGUUUUGGAAGGUCGAGUCACCUCUUUCCUGGCUCAUAAUUUUUAUGGGCCUCAAUGUUGUAUGUCAGAAUCGUACAAUAACAGGGCCUCUGUAGUUUGUGAAUGCAGUGAAAAGUUUGGCAUGCUCAGAUUGUCCUCUUGAAAACAACUACAUGUACUUUGUAUAAUAAUAUUGUUAUUGUCCAUAAUAAUAACUGGACAAUAAAGAACGUGGUUGCCAUAGCAUUGCCUGCAUGUUAUGUAAGUAAGCAAUAACCAAUAAAGAUUAGAAACCAACUUAACUGACUAUUCAAUGCAUACAUUACAACUGUACAUGCAUUUUGGACAGCAUGUAUUAAAUUGGGGUUAGCAUGUUACAGACAAUAAUGUCUAGGUAGGGAAUAAUAUGAAGAAAGGGAAAUAAACAUUAGCAGGGAGUUUGGAUGGAGAGGCCCUAGGGAACGGGGGGUACUCCUUAUAAUGGCCUAUAUGGGAAGGUUCUGCCUCAAAGGGGUACCUUUUUCCUUCAGGUAUAUAGAAGGCUAGGGAUUUCACUUGUUGAGAAGUAUGAAAGGGUAGGAAAAUCUAUCAUUUGGUUAUUUUAAGGGACCUUAAAUUAAACAAUUCCAGAUGGACUCACCUUAUGGCUGUAUCAUUUCAUUUAUUUAGCACUCAUAAAUAUUACAAGAAGACUUCCUUCUCUGGCAGAUACAGGUCAGUUAUGAAAGUAUUUGUAAGGGGUCCCUUUUUCAAUGAAAGGUAUGUGAAAGAGGUACCUUUCUGUGAAAAUGGUAUACAAAAGGGUAAACGGUUGGACCAUGGGGCAGAGCCUCACCGUAUAGAACUUUGUAGGGUCCCUUCC